CGCGCGGCGGCGUUUGAAUGGCUGCGAGUCGGGCCCGGCCGGGAGCUGAGGGCUGCUCCGGGCUGCCGAGCGCGUCCGUCGGCGCGGGGCUGGGCUGGGACGUCGCGGCACCAUGAGGCGCCGGUAUUUAAAGGAUUAUGGCAUCUGAAACCCACAAUGUUAAAAAACGAAAUUUUUGUAAUAUUGAGGGUCAUCCCAUUGAUCUUCCUAGAAAAAGGAACUCCAGUUUCACUAAUAAGAACAUGAAGGAGGUUAAGAAAUCUCCAAAACAGUUGGCUGCUUACAUAAAUAGAACAGUGGGAAAAGCUGUGAAAAGCCCAGAUAAACUACGUAAAGUGAUCUAUCACAGAAAAAAAGUUUAUCAUCCCUUCCCAAAUCCUUGUUACAGAAAAAGACAGUCCCUUCCAAGUGGGGGCUGUGACAUGGCAAAUAAAGAAAAUGAGCUGGCUUGUGCAGGCCAUCUGCCUGAAAAGUCACACCAUGAUAGUCGAACGUACUUGGUUAACUCCAGUGAAGCUGGUUCUUCACAAACAGAAAGCCCAUCAUCAAAAUUUAGUGGUUUUUUUUCUGAGGUUUCUCAGGAUCAUGAAACAAUGGCUCAAGUUUUAUUCAGCAGGAAUUUGAGGUUGAAUGUAGCUUUAACGUUCUGGAGAAAGAGAAGUAUAAGUGAACUUGUAGCAUACUUAGUGAGGAUAGAAGAUCUUGGAGUUGUGGUAGAUUGCCUCCCUGUGCUCACCAACAGUUUGCAGGAAGAAAAGCAGUAUGUCUCACUUGGCUGCUGUGUAGACUUGUUGCCUCUAGUAAAGUCAUUACUUAAAAGCAAAUUUGAAGAGUAUGUAAUAGUUGGUCUAAACUGGCUUCAAGCAGUAAUAAAAAGGUGGUGGUCAGAACUGUCAUCCAAAACAGACGUUAUAAAUGAUGGAAAUAUUAAGAUUUUAAAACAACAAUUAAGUGGAUUGUGGGAACAGGAAAACCAUCUUACUUUGGUUCCAGGAUAUACUGGUAAUAUAGCUAAGGAUGUAGAUGCUUAUUUAUUACAGUUGCAUUGAGAGAUUUCAUCUACUAAGGAGCAUCUGGUUAUUCUGAACAUCAUUGGACGAUAUGAUUUCCCCAAAUAGGUCUCUUCUGAGAACUGUGAACUGUGGGGGGAAAAAAUCAAAAUCCUUUUUCUUUCAAAAGCCACAUAAUGAAACCACUAAUGAAACUUGUAGCAAUCUACUUCACAUUGAAGUGGAAAAAUAUCCAAAAGGAGCAGCUCCAACUUCAGAGAGGUGGAAAUGCACUGUGAAGAUUGUUCACCUGCUGCUUUGGGAUGCUUGGCUAUUUGGUAACAAUGUUUAAGAACUACUGGUCUUAACUGCAAUCCUGCAAAGGAAGAUCAUUUAUACUAUAUGAGGAAAUAAGAGAGGACUUAUUACUAGAACUACAAAAAUCAAUCAUUAAUUUUUGUGUUUUGUAAGAAACACUAUAAUGGAUGCAGCUAUUUUCUUAUGUAGAAAAGACUUUGAAAGUUUGAAACACCAUAGUAAGUAAUCAAUAUUAAAAUUUUUUUUUGUCCACACUGACACUGUGUAUAAAAAUGCCUUAAUUAUUAAUAAGCCAAUGUGAUAGGAUACCAAUAUCUGUUU